UGGUGUGACACACCGAAAUUUCUACACUGUGGAAAAAUAAACGAUAUUUUCUCUAUCUAUAUAUUGGGAUAUCUUCGGUUUUAUUUUCGACUCUAAAUAAUUAAAAAGGUGUAAUUUUGUUGCUUUGGAACUGCUUUUCCCACAGUUCUCAAAACAUUUGGUACAUCUAGAUCUUUGAUCCAUCUAGAUCUUUGCUCCGAAUGCAGCCGGAUCCUCGGCGCAUGCGUACAUUCUAAAAAACGAUUUGCACAACAGCGAAGCAUCAAAGAUGGCGGGAGCCCCCGACCCGCUGGAGGACAUGCUGUCCACCGAGGUGGACGAGAAGGCGGUCAGCGACCUGGUGGGCUCCCUGGAGUCCCAACUGGGCGACAGAAACCUCCCCGCGGCUUCUGAUCCAGACGGGAAGCGGGACGUGGCGGCGGCCAGCCGCCUCUCAGGGAAAGCGGGGUCUUCGGAGCCUCAACAAGGGCACCAAACCGCGGGGUCGACCCGGGAACCGGGCGCCAACCAGCCUCUGUCCGGGCAAACCGUUUCCUCCUCUGUUACCGCCGGGGCAAUAAGAAACACCGGAACCGGUUUGCAAGCGGCAGUAGCGCCCUCUUUGACCGCUUUACCCGUACCGGUAACUCUGAGCAGCCAGCCCGCUGCUAGCUUCCCCCGGGCUGCUGUCCUGGCUCCCAGCCCGGUGGAGGCGAUCCGGACCUCUUCCCCCAGCUUACAGCCCCUAAACGGCAGCACCGGAGCCGGGAAAGUGGAAGGCUCACCCGGUGCCCCUCCACCCGGCGCGACCCUGGCUUCACAACCCGGACUCCCUGCUCCUCAAUCCCCGGCGGGCUCCCCUGCUGUGACCCUACAGGGGCUCCCCAGCCCCGUGAUCAGCACCGCCCAGAACGGUUUGGACCCGAAGGGUUCAGCCUCCCUAUCAGCCGCUCAGGUCCUGAACCACAACAACCCUCUAAUGCACACCAAGAUGCUGGUGACCAGCACCCCGGCUCCGGCUGCGGCUGCAGCCCAGGCCUCCAUCAUCCAGACCCAGACCGGAGCCAGCACACCGCUCGCAGCAGCCAAGCCUGCCAUCAACGGGGUGGCUCAGACCGGGGUGAGGCCGCCCGGUGCUGCUGUUGGGGCGGCCACCUCCAUCCAGCCGCAGAGACCCCAGCUGGUGACCGCCACAACCCGGCCGGCGGCCCCGCAGACCGCCCUGGCUGUCCGGCCUCAGCAGCAGACAACCAUCCAGCUGCCGCCCGGCUUCACCAUCCCUCCAGGAAUGGUUCUGGUCCGGACCGAGACGGGUCAGCUGGUCUUGGUUCCUCAGCAGGCUCUGGCCCAGGCCCAGGCCAAGCUGCAGCAGAGUCAGACGGUGGUCACCCAGAGACCCGCAACACCGCUGGCAACAUCGACUAUCCGGGUCAGCACCGCCACCACGGUGCCCGGAGCCCCCCAGCCGGUCCGGCUGGCUGCACCCGCUCCCACCAGAAUAGUCCAGUCUCCUUCCACCACCUCUGUUCAGCCCCUCGCAGUUCCUGCUGCCGGAGCCGUGAAGAUGCCGCCGCCUCAGAAAACCUCCACGGUCAUCACGGCGGGGGUGACGCCCGCCGCCAAGCCCGCACCGCUACCCGGCGGCGGCGCCACACCCCCUCCCGCUGCCCCGCCUGUCGCCAGGGUCACUGUGGUGUCGCAGGAAAUGCAGGAAAACGUGAAGAAAUGCAAGAACUUCUUGUCCACGCUCAUCAAGCUGGCGUCGCAUAACUCCCCGUCCCCCGAUACGUCCAAGAAUGUGAAGACCCUCGUUCAGGACCUGCUUGACGCAAAGAUCGAACCCGAGGAGUUCACGUCUCGGCUGCAGGCUGAGCUGAAGUCCUCCCCACAGCCCUACCUCAUCCCCUUCCUCAAGAAAAGCCUCCCUGCUCUGCGUCAGACUCUGCUCAACAGCCAGCAGUCUCUGACUACGGCUCCGCCCACCACCUCAGCUCCGCCUCCAGCCGCCCCCGGCUCCCUCACCGCAGCAGCCAUCAGGCCGCGGCUGCCCGUCAACGCCACGGCAACCACGGUCCGCCUGACUCCACCCAUCACAAACACGGCUGUGGGCAGAGCUACAGUCCAGACCAUCCAGACCCGUUCUCCGGUGGUCCUCAGUCAGCAAAUCAGGCAUCCAGCCACACUCUUGCGGGGACCCACCACCAUGGCAGGCAAAGCUCCUGUCCACCUGGCAGCUCAGGCCAAUCAGAAGAAACCGACUGACCCCGGGGGCGGGACCUUCAGAGACGACGACGACAUCAACGAUGUGGCUUCAAUGGCCGGGGUCAACCUUAACGAGGAAAACGCCCGUAUCCUAGCAACCAGCUCAGAGCUCGUCGGCACCAAGAUCCGGUCCUGUAAAGACGAAUCGUUUCUGCCGCCGGGCCUUCUGCACCGCCGCAUCCUGGACUCAGCCAAGAAGCUGGGCGUGACGGAGGUGCCGCUGGAGGUCGUAAACCUCAUCUCACACGCCACCGAAUCCAGACUGCGCUCGCUGCUGGAAAAGGCCUCUGUGAUCGCUCAGCACCGCACAGACGGCGCAAAGGAUGAAGGAAACCUGACCUAUGAGCAGUCGUCGGACGUUCGCUCCCAGCUGCGGUUCUUCGAGGCGCUGGAGCGGAUGGAGAAGCAGCGGAAAGACGAGCAGGAGCGCGAGAUGCUGCUGAAGGCCGCCAAGAGUCGGGCCCGGCAGGAGGAUCCGGAGCAGGCUCGGCUGAAGCAGAAGGCUAAAGAGAUGCAGCAGCAGGAACUGGCUCAGAUGCGACAGCGAGACGCCAACCUCACGGCGCUUGCCGCCAUCGGGCCCAGAAAGAAACGCAAGUUGGACUCAGGAGGCGGAGCUUCAGUGAGCAGCGAGGUGACAUCGGGAUCCGGUUCCGGCUCCUCUGCCUCCUCAUCCCGGCAGCAGCUCCGGCAGCGGAUCACUCGGGUCAACCUCAGGGACUUCAUCCUGUGUCUGGAGCAGGACCGCAGCACGGCCCGCUCCCUCAUGCUCUACAAGGCCCUCCUGAAGUGAUUGGCGCCCCCUGCUGGUCCUCCAGCGAUAGCAGACAGGAGCGGUCCGGCUACAGAGCGCUGCUGGAAAAGGAGAACUCCCAACCACCAGGACGGGUUCUGCAGAGGAGGGAAGGUUCUGUUGGAUUUGACCUGUUCAGAGACGUUUACCCCGUUUAGUUCAAAACUGAACCAGAAUCAUGUUAGAACAUUUAGACGAAACGUUUUCUCACUCAGGGACAGUUUGGUUGUUUCGGAUCGGCCUGAUAAACACACUGCAAAAACGCAAAAUUUUACAAAGUAUUUCUGCUUUACUUUCUAGUGCAAAUAUUUUUGGCACACAUGA